CUGCACUUUCACUUUCACUAAUUCCUUAUUCUCUUCGGAUAUUCCCUUAUAAACAACAACAAGCCUCACUUUCCACACAUCUCACACUCACCUCCUACAUAACCACAUACCUACCCACCCACUUCACCCACCUAACAAACACAACACCACAAAAUGAACGCCGCCUCUCUCGGCGACAGCGCUCUCCAAUCCUCCGACCCCACCACCGCAACGCUGCACUACACCACGGCCCUCCUCACGCACCCCCGAUCGCCCAGCUACUUCAUCAAGCGCUCCACCGCCUUCUCACGCCUAAAGCCGACGCCGAAUCUCCCCGCCGCGCUGCGCGAUGCCGAGUCCGCUGUGCUUCUUGCCCGCGAGCGGGGUAAACGCGAGUUGAUCGUCGAGGCGCAGCUGCGCAGAGCUAUUGUCUUGUUUCUCAUGGGAAGGUAUGUGGCUGCCGAGGGGGUGGUGGGGGUGGUGGAGCGGAUGGUGGGGUUGGAUAAGGAGGGGUGUAAUGGGGAUAAGGAUGAGGAUAAGGAGGAGAAGGUGAGGAGGGCGAUGGGGGGUGCAUCUUCUGCUGGGAAGGGUGUUGAGGCGGAGGUGAGGAUUUGGGGGGCGAAAAUUAGGGCGAAGGUUAAGGGGAAUGGGGAUGAGGAGGGGGAGAAGGUGGAGGAGGUUCCGGUGGGGGUUAAGGUGCCUGGGGAGAAGGAGUUGAGGGCGCAGUUGGAGGAGUUGAGGAAGGGUAAGAGUAAGAUUGGGAGUGUUAGUGAUGAGAAGGAGGGUCAGAAGGUUGAGGAUAAGGCUGAGAAGGUGGCAGAGGAGAAAGCCGAGGUUAAGGAAGCUCAGCAGCAGCAGCAGCAAGUCAAGGUCCGUCAUGAAUGGUACCAGUCCGGAGAGACGGUUGUCGUGACGUUGUACGUGAAAGGCGUGCCUAAGGAUAAAGUGGCCAUUGAGCUGAAAGAGGACUCGACAUCCCUCCAAUUCCCCCUCCCCUCCGGCGCCGAAUACGACUUCACCCUCGACCCGCUCUUCGCCCCCAUCGACCCCUCCACCUCCAAGGUCUCCGUCUUCUCCACCAAGAUCGAAAUCUCCCUGCGCAAGAAAGUCCCAGGCCAGAAAUGGAGCGCCCUGGAAUCCUCCUCCUCCUCCACCGGACUUACUACUCCCCAGCCAGUUACAACUACACCCAUCACCACUACCACUACCACACAAAUCAAACCACAAGCCCAGGGCCCAUCAUACCCUACCUCCUCCCGCCACGGCGCCAAAGACUGGGAUAAGCUUGCUUCAACCCUAACCCAGAAGUCGAAGAAGAAGGACAAACCCAAGAAGAAUAAAGACGCGACGACUAAGGCAGAAGGCAAAGGAGAAGAAGAAGAUGAUGAUGAUGAUGAACAAGCAUCCGACACCGAAUCCAUCAACUCGGACUUCGGAGGCGGCGAUGCCGUCGAUGGGUUCUUCAAGAAACUCUACGCUAAUGCGGACCCGGAUACUCGUCGCGCUAUGGUGAAGAGUUAUGUGGAGAGUCAGGGGACUUCGUUGAGUACGAAUUGGGAUGAGGUUGGUCAGGGGCCGGUUAAGGUUAGGCCGCCUAGUGAGUGAUUUCUUUCUUUUUAUACUUCUGUUCUGGAAGGAUAGAAUGGAGGAAUAAGGAAGAAGGGGGGAAGAGAAAUGGGGAUUGCGAAUUGCAAGCGUGGAGUUUUAUUUUCAAGGGUCUACUUACUAUCCAUGUUGUGGGUGCAUGUGGGUGGUGUUUAUGGUUUGAUUUCUUCUUCUCUUUGUUUUCUUAGCUUAGCUUAGUUAGCUUAGUUCUGCUCUGCUUGUAAUGGUAAUCUUGUUUGAGAUUGAGACUGUGGUAGAAGCAAGUAUAGUAUGAAAUAAUACUACUAUAUACAUGAAGAA